AUGGUAAAAGAUUUUAUAUGGUUGGUAUAUCUAAUUUUGAAUGGUGUUUCGCUUAUACCGAUGUAUAGUUUGUUGACAGGAGUGGUAGUAGGAUUAGUUGAACUUAUUUUAGCUUGGUAUACAACGUUUUUUGUUAAGCAUUGGUUUGAUAGAGGGAAGGAUAGCUUUGAAAACGAUUCUUGUAAAAUUUUGUUGAACUCAGAAGAACCACUUCCUCCUUCGAGUGGCACGUUGGCAAUAUCGGCAACAAGAGUUGAAAAUGAAAACAAUAUUUUGCAUAAAGAUAAGUUGGAUGAGGCAAUUUCUACAAACGAUCCUGCUUUGUGGGCUGAAAAUAUGUCUAAAGUAGAACGCGAUGCAGUUGUUCUUCAGGGGCCUCCUAAAAAUCCUUUAUCUUUACCGAGAGACUCAAACAAGAUUAAGGUUCCUGAAUCAGUUUUCCACGAAAUAACUCGUAAUGGGGAGAAAAUAAACAGAGAUUGGCUUGUUUGGAGUGCAACUUCAAAAUCAUUUCUUUGCUUUCCGUGCUCACUUUUCGGAAGCAAACAAGCCUGCGGGGCUGGUAAUAAUUCACAUCUUCUACGUUGGAAUGGUGGCAUCAAUGGAAACUGGAGAAAGCUAGCUGAAAAAGUAAAAGGCCACCAAAACAAUCCUCACCAUCGAGACAAUUACAUUAAGUGGAAAACAGCGCUGGAAAGCUUGGGAAAUCAAUGUGGGAUUGAUUCAAGUUUAAAAAAAUUGAUAAGAAAUGAGGCAGCCAGGUGGCGUGAAAUUUUAAAGUGCAUUUUAGAUGUAAUUCUCUUCUUAGCAUCACGCAACCUUAGCUUCAGAGGCUCAUCAAAAAUGAUCGGUGAUGACGAUAAAGGCAACUUUCUUGCAACUCUAGAGCUACUUGCAAAGCACAACAAGACUCUUCAGUUACAUCUAGAAGAGUUUUCUUGCUGCCAACAAGAAGGUAAACAAAUUAUUGCGCAUUAUUUGGGUUGGAGUUCUCAAAAUGAAUUUAUAAAAGAGUGCGGAAGAAUCGUCUACGGUGCCAUCAUUAAAGAGGCGCAUAUGGCAAUUUACUAUUCUAUUCUUGUCGACGGAACGCCUGACGUCUCUCAUACAGAGCAAAUUGCAUUUGUUCUCCGCUUUGUCUACUAUGGUAUUGAUAAAAAAUGGAUAGUUAAGGAGCGCGUUCUUGGGGUCGAAAGUCUCGAUAAAAAGAAAGGUGUGGAUAUUGCUAAGCUAAUUAUAGAUGUCUUAAACCAAAAUGACAUUGAUCUGAAGAACUGUCGAGGUCAGGGAUAUGACAACGGUGCUAAUAUGUCUGGUGUGUACAAAGGAGUACAAGCGAUCAUUCUUCAGAGAAAUCCUCAAGCUUUCUACAUGCCAUGCAGCACUCAUAACCUUAAUUUAGCUGGUGUUCAUUCACUUAAAUCUUCUGUAGAAUUGAAGAACUAUUUCGGUCGUAUUUAG